AUGGCUCCGUCAAAUCAGCCCAUAACCCAAGCCCUCCUCGCCCGAGCGCACUCACCCGACACUGUCAACCGCAUCUUCACAGACAAGAUCCAAUACCGACCCCUCUACCUCAGACCAAGCUCCCCGCCCCCGUCGAACCCGAGAUCAGCCCGCCGAAAAGCCCGCGAAGAGGCCAAGAGGAAACAAAAGCUCAAACCCAAGCCGCUCUCCGCACGCGACCGACGGAGGCGCGGCCUGCACGACGUGCCCCGCGAUGGCCAGAAAUACGCCGUCUUCGAGCCCCUCCACCGCUUGUGGCUAGGAUACAUUGAGGAGAUCCUGGGAUCCGAAGUCUACGGUGGAGGAAGCGGCGCCGCUGCGAAGCUGACCGCCGCCGAGUUCCACGGCGCCGAGGUCGAGGUCUCCCGCAGCUCGUGCCCGAGCCGUGUCGGCAUCAAGGGCAUCGUCAUCAAGGACUCCAAGUUUUCGUUCGAGGUCAUCACGCGCAAGAACGAGAUGAAGAUUGUGCCGAAGGAGGGGACCUGGUUCAAGGUUGAGAUACCGGUGAAGGAACCCAGCCCCAGCGCUGAUGCUGAUGCGACGGCUGAGGGAACCCCACGGCGGUUUGUCUUUGAGGUUCUCGGCGACCAAUUCCUCAUGCGAGGCGCGGAUCGGGCCAACAAGAAGUUCAAGAACCACUACUUGAAGAACAUCUGA